CGGAAUUUUUUGUUGUUUUCAUUAUUAUAGCAAAGAGUUAUUUAUAUUUAUAUUUACAUUGUUUUUGUGUUAUUGUUUUGGACAUCAAUUUCCAAGAGUGACACCACUUCUGUGUGUCUGUAAUAGUGAUCCCCGAAAAAAAACAUCGGUAUAAGUGGUCAUAUGUUUCAUAACAAGUCAGGCCAACCACCGAAAGGCGGUGGCGGACGACGCGACCGAAGCAGAAGUCCAAUGUCUGGCCGCGGCGGUGGAGGCCGGCCUACGGGUGGACCAACCGGUACAAGACAUGGUGCUCGGGUGCCAAACAUGAACAACCGAUACGACGAUCGCAACCAAUUUGGUCCGCCAUCACUACAACAGCUACCGCCACCUCAGAUGCCGGACGAACCGAUUGUUGGCAAUGAGGCCGAGAUUAUAGUCGUUGAAAGAGAUCAAUGGAGUUACGCCGAUAUGAUUGAAAAACGGGUAAAAAGCGAAACCGGUAUCCAAUACUGCGAUAUGUUGUUCCUUCACACACCUGACAGUCUCAAUAUGACACUCAACGACCUCUUUGACAGACAAACACUGUACGCUAUAGUGGUAGCACCGCUUAACGAAAAGCACCGGUCGAUUACCAUACAUGUACUACACAAUCAAACCGAGCACCGAAAUAUGCCGCUUGAAGACGCUCUUCAACUGUUAACCAAAGAUUUUAUGGCAUUUACUGGUCGUUCGGGUCCGAUUGGCGGUCCUCCACCAUCACUUCCAUUGCCACAACUACCACCAUCAGUAGCCGCUACACCGCUGAAGACAACAGUUUCACAAUCGUACGGCAAUUCGUUACCCGAAGACGUGGCCUACUUGUUAAGGACAAUACUGUCAGAAAAUGGACCACAAUUUCUAUCAUUAGCUCAAAUUGAUAUCCUUAUUGAGUAUUUUGAAAGACAUAAGUCUCGGCUAACGUGUGGUCGUCCAGUGGCCAAAAGUAAUAGUGCCACCGGUGAAGGCAAGGAACAUGAUAUAGAGAAACAAAAGGCCACACUGUUGGAGAACCCGCACGUUCAGGCGGCAUUAUCAUCUCUCAUACAAAUCGGUGCCCUGACCUCUGGUACCGCAACCGCUUUGACCGCUACAACCACCAACACAAUGAUAGGUGUUGGCUAUACAAAUCAACCGCAAAACAACGGUUUUACAGUUGCGGCGCCGGUCACAGGUGUUAAUCAACAGCCGCGCAGACAUCCAUUGUUUGGCACUGAAAUACGACAAACGGUUCCCAAACAAGAACCACUACCACCACCACCACAAAUGAUACAACCAGUGCCGGCACCUGUACCACCUGUUGGAGGUACCGCUGCCGGACUGAUUCGAUAUCCACCACCACAAUCAUACAGUCAAUACUAUCAGCAAUACUAUUGAUAAUAAUUGACGUGUUAUUGUUUCUCCCCAUUUAAUUUCAUUAUUUAAUUGAUUAUUUUUACAUCAAAUUUAUUUUUUUCGACACUAUGUGAAACAAAAUAAAAAAAACUAGUUUUUAG